AGAAUUGUAUUCAGCGAAGCACAAUAUUAUCUGUAUAAGCUUUUAAGACAGAUCGUGCGGUUGAAAGAGAAACGUUGACAUUUUUUCACUAGUGUCACGUUCAGUUAGUUAGCUUCCUACGAAGCGACUUUAAGUGAUUACCUUGCGGAUUUUUCGGGUAUUUCGAAAAAGGAUAUACCACGAGCUCAUUCUGAAACUAAAAGGAUAACACUUUGAAUUCUUGACUACCGGAAUAUGUUUGUAUUAAAGAUACUUUUGUUUACCAUCUCUAUAACAGUGGGUUAUUGCGGUGUUGUUGGUCCAUAUCACGGACCCUUACAUUAUGGUCCAGCAUACGCACCUCAUGCGCCAGUGGCUUAUGUAGCAGCUGCACCAAAGCCAGCCGCUCCAGAACCUUAUGAUCCGGCUCCGAAAUACAGUUUCGGUUAUGACAUACAAGAUGGCUACACUGGAGAUUCGAAGAGCCAACAUGAAACACGUCAUGGCGAUGUUGUGAAGGGCAGUUAUUCGGUGGUUGACCCUGACGGUACAAAACGCACUGUUGACUACACUGCUGAUCCCCACAAUGGUUUUAAUGCUGUAGUUCGUAAAGAGCCCCUAGCUUACAAGGCCGUUGCUCCUGUGGCGGUAGUAGCACCCGCUCCCGCCCCGCCUCUUCCACCGUUGCCUAAAGUAGCUUAUGCUCCGGCCCCCGUACAUGUAGCACCAGCCCCCGCACCUGCUCCCCUGCCAGGACCUGGUUUCCAUGCAGCCUAUCCCGCCUUGGCUCAUGGUGGCUACGCUCCCUAUUUGGGGCAUUACUAUCACAAGUGAUGAACAAUUGAUUCCUUUAUUUUUUUUUGCCUUAUUCAUAUCAUCACGUAAUUGUAUAUAGAUGUAUGUAGACCAUGUGUGCAGCAUACGGCGAAUUUAUUUUAAUUUAUUUCUCCUCUUUUGGGCUGUUUUCAAUCGUUUCGUCUUUAGUCUUCCCCUCCCCUUCAGCCAUUACUCACAAUUAAUUGUCUUGCUAAGGUGAAGUGGUUUGUUCGUUCAGUUCAGUGUUAAAGACAAGUUCGCUUUCUUCGUCUUCCUCUUCUUUUGCAUUUUAAUAAUUGUGUAUUAUAAACUUUAAUGUAAUUGUUUUUUUUUUUACUUUAAAACGAAGUUAAGUUAGUUAUCUGAAGUAUUGUUUAUGAUGUUUUUUUUUUUUUCUAAUUAAAUAGUAAUAAAAUGUGUGUGUUGUUGUUUUAUAUGAAAAAUAA